AUGGCGAGGGUUCCUAUGUUGUUAUGUUUGGUUCUAUUGGUGACAUUAGGAGUUGUGAUAAGUGUCUCGUUUGCCGACAACGUUGAAGUGAAAUCGCAACAUUUGGAGAGCAGUAAGAAAUAUAAGAAUCAUGUUGAACAUCAUAAUAGUAAACACACAGAGAAAGGAGGCGAAAAGGUAGGUGGUGAUCACCAUGCUGGUUCUGAUGCUGUCGAUGAAAACGAUAAGAAGGACAAAAAGAAAGGGCAUGAUCAGAAAGACAAUGUUGAUGAGAAGAAGAGUGCUGGUCAUGAUAAAGAUGGUGUUGCUGAUGAUGAUGAAAAGAAGCAUCAUCAGGAUAAAAUGAAGGAUGGACAGAAUGGUGAUGAUGUUGAUACGGAUGAUGAUACUGAUGAUGAUACCGAUGAUGAUACUGAUGAUGAAGAUGAAGUUGAUGGAGAUGACGAUGAGAAGGAGAAUAUCGGGUUAUACGAGCUCAAGAAAGGAAAUAUAACGAUCAAAUUCACAAAUUGGGGUGCUUCAAUCAUGUCUCUCAAUUUCCCUGACAAAAAUGGAAAAAUUGGCGAUAUUGUACUUGGCUACGACAGCGUCAAAAGCUACCAGACCGAUAAGGUCUAUUUUGGAGCGACCGUGGGCCGAGUAGCAAAUAGAAUAGGAAAGGCCCAAUUCAAAUUGAAUGGUAAAGAGUACAAGACAAGUGCCAACGAUGGCAAAAACACACUUCAUGGUGGGAAGAAAGGGUUUGGGGAUGUUGUGUGGGCAGUUACAAAACACAAGUAUGAUGGCAAGAAACCUCACAUUGUCUUCACGUACACAAGUCCUGAUGGCGAUCAAGGGUUUCCUGGAGAACUCAAUGUCACGGUGACAUAUACACUUGACAAAGACAAUGAAUUAAGUGUGGUGAUGGAGGCAAAAACUAAAGAUAAAGCAACUCCGGUGAACUUAGCUCAUCAUACUUAUUGGAAUCUUGGUGGUCAUAACGCUGGAGAUAUUUUGUCUGAAGAAAUCCAAAUCCUCGGCUCAAGUUAUACUCCCGUCGACGGUGAGCUCAUUCCCACCGGACAGAUCUCUCCGGUGAAAGGAACUCCUUACGACUUUCUCCAACUCCGUCCUAUAAAAGAUAAUAUUAAGGAUCUUAAAACAGGAUAUGAUAUAAAUUAUUGCUUAGAUGGUAAGGCGGAUAAGAUGAGGAAAAUAGUGGACCUUGUAGAUAAGAAAUCAGGGAGAAAAAUGGAGUUAACCGGGAACCAACCGGGUUUGCAAUUCUAUACCGGAGAAAUGUUAAAGGACAUCAAAGGGAAGAAUGGGGCUGUUUACCAAGCUUACGGAGGGUUAUGUUUAGAAACACAAAGUUAUCCUGACGCUUUAAACUAUCCGAAAUUUCCUUCACAGAUUGUUGAGCCAGGGAAGAAAUACAAACACACGAUGCUCUUCAAGUUUUCCAUUGUCUCGUAGAUUGUUUUAGAUUUUGGUACAUGGUUGGUUACCUUUGCUACCAUGUUUAAUGUUCAUGAGGAAGAAACUUAUUAUACUUUAAGUUUGUAAACAA